AUGGAUGACCAAGUGUCAGAUAAUGUUCGUGUAGUAGUGCGAUGUAGACCUUUGAGUGACGUCGAACGUCUGCAGAAUCAUGUGAAUAUCGUAUCAGUUGACUGUAAUACUAAUUCUGUUUCGAUCAUCAACCCAAAAAAUGUUGAAGUAAGCUUGUACCUACAAAGUCAACAUGUUUUUCAUGAACCUGCUCGUUUGUUCUACUUUGAUGCUGUGUUUGAUGAAGUCAGCGAUCAACUUAGUGUCUAUAACAUCGCUGCGAGGCCCAUUGUUGAUAAUGUCUUACAAGGAUAUAAUGCUUGCGUUUCUUCCUAUCAUUUAGGCACCAUUCUUGCAUAUGGACAAACUGGCACUGGGAAGACUUUUACAAUGUGUGGAAAAGAGAAUUCACCUGGAAUAAUUCCUAAUUCGUUUGCUCACAUUUUUGACUACAUAGCAAAAUGCCAACAAGAUAAAACAUUUCUCGUCCGAGUUUCUUAUUUGGAAGUUUACAGUGAGGAGAUACAUGAUUUGCUGUCCAAAACUCCAAGUCAUUGUCUUGAAAUUAAGGAACGACCAGAUAUUGGUGUUUAUGUGAAAGAUCUAUCAAGUAUCACUGUAUCAGGUGCAGAUCAUAUGGAACGGAUCAUGAAAUCAACUACUGCAACAAAGAUGAAUGCAGAUAGUUCACGUUCUCACACCCUUUUCUUGGUAACAGUUGAAUGCAGUGAAAAAAUUGGCAGUCAUUGCCAUAUCACUCAAGGAAAAUUACAGCUUGUUGACUUAGCUGGUAGUGAAAGACAGUCGAAAACUGGGGCUACAGGUAGUCAGCUAAAAGAAGCAGCUCGGAUUAAUUUGUCUCUCUCUUCACUUGGAAAUGUGAUUAGUGCAUUGGUUGAUUCCAAAACAACAUAUAUUCCUUAUCGAAAUUCUAAACUCACGCGAUUGCUUCAAGACUCACUGGGUGGAAAUUCUAAGACUAUUAUGUUCGCCAAUAUUGGUCCUGCUUCUUAUAACUACGAUGAGACAGUUUCUACUUUGCGAUAUGCUAAUCGGGCCAAAAGUAUACAGAAUAUCGCACGAAUUAAUGAAGAUCCAAAAGAUGCGCUUUUACGGAAAUUCCAACUUGAAAUUGAGUAUCUUAAACGGUUGUUGCAAGAUGAAGAAUCAAGUUGCAGCAGAGAGAAAGAGAUAAAGCAGUCAUGUCGACAUGAGCUCUGGAAGCAGCAAAAAAAGCGAUAUAAUGGUCAUAUUAAUAAACUGGAAAGGACUGUUGAAAUUAGAAGAAAUGAGUUGCAGAAACAAGCCGGAGUAGCUGAUGAAGAACGUGAAAUGUUAGUUGCUGAACUCCGAGCGAAAGAGGAAGAAUUGACUCGAGCACGUUAUAAUCAUGAUAAAUUACUGAUUAAACUCAGACAGAUUGAAACAAAGCUUAUUGUUGGUGGCGAUAAUAUGCUUGAAAAGGCUGAGAAACAUGCACGUUUACUAGAACAGAGUAACAUUGACUUGGAACGAGGACUUGCAAAUGAGUCUCAUUUGAAGCAAGCACUAGCAGAAAAGAAUCAGGAAAGGAUUGACUUGGAAGAAAAAUACAAUAAUCUAGCUGAAGAGGCACUAGGAAAGACAAGAAAAUUGAAAAAAGUGUGGAGUUUGCUGAAUGCUGCUAAAAGUGAGUUAGCAGAUCUGCAAAUGGAACACCAACGAGAAAUGGAAGGUCUUUUGGAUAGUGUUCGUCAACUUCGUAGCGAACUUCUUCUGCAACUUCUUGUUAUUGAAAAUUAUGUACCAGCUGAAUUCCUAGAACUCAUUGAACGUUUCGUAAUAUGGAAUGAAGAAGUUGGCGAUUGGCAGUUGAAAUGUAUUGCUUACACUGGGAACAAUAUGAGAGCUUGCAAUCUCCUACCUCAACUUCUUUAUAAGCCACAAGAUUCUCAGAUGAUGAACUUAUAUCUUUCUUAUCGAAAUGAAAUAGCUCAUAUCUCUACGGAUGAUACGUGUGCUCCAAAACUUCAUUUCAAAUGUAUCAAGCGUGAAAAAGAUGUUGCGCAUCUAAACGAAUAG